GCGGCCGGGACGGCUCAGACCCGGGCGGGGCAGGUGGGCGGGCGGCCAGGAGCGGGCAGGGCUACCCGCCGGCCUCCCGCCACCAGGCGGCGGCGUCCGGACCCGGCUUCGCCAACCAGAAGCGCCAAGGCCACGAAAGCAGCAGGGCGCCUGCGCGCGAGUAGCCGGAAGUGACGCCACCAGGAAGGGACGCCACCGGAAGGGGCGUUUGGGGCCGAGCCAUGGCUAGGGAGGCGGCGGAGCUGCCCCCGAAGGAGACCCUGUCGCUCUGGAUAAGGGAGCAAGCCCAGCUGAAGGCCCUCGUGGUGGACCGGGACACGGAGGCGUGGCAGCGGGACCCCGGCUUCUCGGGGCUGCAGAGGGUCGGGGGCGUGGACGUGUCCUUUGUGAAGGGAGACAGUGUCAGCGCCUGUGCCUCGCUGGUGGUGCUCAGCUACCCUGAGCUCGAGGUGGUGUAUGAGGACUGCCGCAUGGUUAGCCUGACGGCUCCCUACGUGUCGGGCUUCCUGGCCUUCCGAGAGGUGCCCUUUCUGGUGGCUGCGGUGCGGCGGCUGCGGGAGAAGGAGCCCGGCCUCGUGCCCCAGGUACUCCUUGUGGAUGGAAAUGGGCUUCUCCACCACCGAGGCUUUGGGGUGGCCUGUCACCUCGGCGUCCUCACGGACCUGCCCUGCAUUGGGGUGGCCAAGAAACUCCUGCAGGUCGAUGGCCUGGAGAACAACACCCAGCACAAGGAGAAGAUAGGACUCCUGCGGGCUGGAGGAGACUCGUUUCCUCUGACGGGGGGCUCUGGGACCGUGCUGGGCAUGGCCCUGAGGAGCCACGACCACAGCACCAAGCCGCUCUACGUCUCUGUGGGCCACAAGAUCAGCCUGGAGGCGGCCGUGCGCCUGACCCGAGGCUGCUGCAGGUUUCGGAUCCCGGAGCCCGUGCGCCAGGCUGACAUCCGUUCUCGAGACUACAUCCGCAGGACCCUGGGAGCCCCCACGCCCCCCGCACCAGGGCAGGACAGGAGCCAGAAGGUACAGAGGCCAAAGGGCGGCUCGGAAGAGCUCGAAGAUGAGGGCAGGCCCCCUGAGGCCCACGGCCAAGGUCCCGAGACAGCAGAAAGCCCCAGACCCACGCGCCCAGCGGCGGCAAGCGUGGAGCCGAGCUGCGCACAGUGAAACCCUCCAGCCGCCCGGCUUCCCGCUCCUGCCUGGACGGCCACGGGGCCGUGGUGCCCACGGCAGCUGGUGGAGCGCCCAGGCCGCAGGACACACUGGCCGCGCCGCCCACAGGGACGGCCACGGGCCCGGCCACCGCCUGCCCCGUGGUCUGGGUCUCGAGGCUGCAGGAGCUCGGCCGAAGACAGAUGUCACGUGGCAGAGCGCCAGACCCGGAAAGAAUGUGACGUGGCUUUCCCAGGGGCACAGGAAGGACGUUCAGGGUUCGUGGGGUUCAGGGUGUCUUUGUUUUUUCUCUAGAAGCACCCCAGGGGGCUUAAGACUGCCCGACUGCACGUGCAUUCGUGGCCUCUCGUCCGGCUGCUCCUUCAAGUGCACACGCCGUUGCUUUUUUGCCUUCGCGAUUUUAUUUUCCGGCGUUGGUUUUCACACCAGCGCUUCCCUCGUCUCUCAGGCGGCCGCUGAGUCGCCUCUGCCCUGACCCGAGAGGGUGCGAGCUAGGGCGGCCGGGCCCUCUGCUCGCGGCUGCCCCGCCCGUCUGCCAGCCGGCCUGCUGCAGGCACGCGAGGGGCCCAGGGGGCACUCGGGGUGGUCAGCUACCCGAUGGGACGGGUGCUGGUGGCCGAGGGGUGGGGCGUCGGGCCCCGCUGCCCUGGCUGGGGCCGUGAGGGCAGGCGGCCCCGUCUGGGAAGCCGGUUGAGCACGUCGCACCCCGACUGCAGGGCUGUCAGCCUGCCCUCACUGCUACCCGCCUGGGGCCCUCCCCUGCGCUCCUCCUGACCCCAGGCCCGACCCCCGGGGUCCUUGAGAGUGCCUCUGGCCCCCUGCUGGCCCCUCAUCUCCAUGUGGGCGGCGUGGCCGCACCCACAGCCCCCUGUGCCCCACGGGCCAGCUCGCCCCAGGCUCCCUGCACACUCUGGCAUUUGCUGAGAAGUACGACUCGAAGAGGUUUUUCUUGCCAUUCAUACGUUUUCUUAAGCUUGUUUAUUUAUUUUGAGAGAGAGAGCGAGUGUACAUGAGGAGGGGAGGAGAGAGAGAGCGAAUCCCAGACAGGCUCUGCACUGUCAGCACAGAGCUGACGAGGGGCUCAAACCCGUGAACCCUGAGAUCAUGACCUGAGCCGAAACCCUGAGUCAGACGCUCAACUGGACUGAGCUCCCCGGGUGCCCAUUCCUAGUGUUGCUCAAGGAGCCUCUCGUCAUGGUUUAGACGACCCAGACACGUACGGAGGCCCUGGGUGUCCGCACUCCCUGUCCCCUCCCCGGUGUCGCCUUCGUUUAUGAGGAGUGAGUUCUUGUCCAAGGCCCAGACCCCUGGUGGAAACGGGGACAGUGAGCCGGCGGGCUGCAGUUGGGGCCGCACCCUGCUCUGCCUGUGCCCCUUGGGAGGCCCGGUGGCUGCAGGAGGCUGAGCCGGGCUCCCCACUUGAGGGAAGCAGGGCCACCCCAGGGCGGGUGGGGCUGUGGGUCCCCCCCCCCCCCUGGGUGCUUCUGGGCUCUCCGCCGUGGCCCGGCGGGGUGAGCAGGUCCCAGCAGGUUCCACAGGUGCCUUCAAGGGGACUCCCGCACGUGGGAAGGGCCAGGCCGGUCUCUGUCCUCCUGUCUUGCUCCCCCCCUCCUUUCCCAAGCCAGCUUCCGCUUCUGCCGGUGCUGGGACCAGGACCCCUGGCUCCCGGGUGCUGUGCCCCUGACAUCAGACCCUGCGCCCCAGCACACGCAGCUGUCAUCUCACCCCUGCGCUCGGUGCCCCGGCUCUCACUGCUUUGGAACUGAGACACGGGCUGUCCCUCGAGAAGGCGCGACACGCCUUCGGGAGGAGCUCUGAGGCUGCGACCUCGCGCUCGGAGCCUGUUUCUGCCCGGGGUUCCGAGCAGCCCGGCUUGGGUGGAUGGAGUAGGAGAAUGUCUGUAGUCUGUCACCCAGUGCUGGCCACACUUACCCGGAAACCCCGCAGGAGGCCAGCAGCCCCGGGGGCUCGGCACCUCGCGUACCUGCCUGUGUUCCCCGAGAGACCCUGGUGAGACCUGGGUCCUGGGAGGAGGGUCCGAAGCAGGACAGGGAGGGCUGGCAACGGAGUCGCGGCCCUGCCCCACAGAAGGGCACAGAGGUCCGGGCAGGCUCCGCAUGGUCCCAGGGGUGCCCAGUUUCCGCCCCCACCCCGGUCUCCUCCCCUCGGCAAAGAGCAGGCCAGAGCCUGGAGAGGACCUUCAGACAACUCACCCGACUCAUUUAUGUUUUGAAAUUCACGUCCCGUCACCAAAGCUGCCACUUCAAGCGCAUUUAAGUUGUACGAAGCGGUUUCUCGUGUAUUCAGACCUCGUGCCGUCGUCACUGCCGUCUAGUUCCGGGGCUUUCCAUCGCCCCAGAGGGGCCCGGCCCAGCAGGCCCUGGGGCACCGGGUCGCACGCCGUGCGGCCCUUGCGCUGGUUUCCGCCCGGUCUGGGGCCCAAUGUUCUCAGCACCAGGUUCUCCCGCGUCGCACCGUGGAGCAGCGCGUCUCUCUGCGGCCAGGCGCUACCCCCUUGUAGGGACAGAGCGCCACCGGCCUCCGCCCCCCGCGGCACCCGGCUCUCUCUGUUCAGGGCCCUCAGGAACAGCGACGUACGAGUCUCUGUGUGAGCUGUGUUUGCGUCGACUCGGGUCUGCACCGGGGAGGGGGCUCUGGGUCCCGUGGCAGCUGUGUGUUUACCUUUCUGGGGAAGAGCCAGGCUGUCUUCCAGGGCGGCCCGGCUGGCUGUCCUCGUGGCCGUGAGGCGGGGCCUCGUGGCUCCGAUCUGACGUGGGGCGCCUGUCGGCGUGACGGUUGGCCUUCUGUAUGUCUUUCCGGGAGACGUGGCUGCCGGGCUCCUCCCGUGCCCCGUCCCCCACCCCGUGCGGACGCACGCGCUCUCCCCCGGCCCGGAAGGGGCCCUUCCGGGGGUGCUCGGACGCCAAUGCGUGUGACAUGUCCGGCCUGUCUGUGCUCGCGUGCUGCUGGUGCGUCUGGUGUCACAUUUAAGGAGCUGCUGCCUAAGUCCCGCGAGUCCUUUGGCUUCAGCCCUUACAUCUGGACCCUGGACCCACUUUGAUGACACGUCAGCGUUUACGGACGGCUGUUCCGGGCCCCUGGCAGUUCCUUGCCACUUUCAGGGCCGGCUGUCCACUUCUGCACAAGGGCAGAAAAGGGUUCUGACGGGCACUGCGCCGACCGCCUCGCGGCGCUCGCUCGGUCCUGCCAUCCCGCGCCUGGGCAGCGAUUUCACGGACACCUCUGUCAACUUCUUUCCACUUCCUUUCGUGGUUUUCAGCAUACAAGCCUUCACUCCUUUGGUCAAAUUCUGUUUGACGCUAUUUUACCGGCUUUGUUUUGGGAUUAUCCACUGCUAGUGUGUUCACGAGCGUAUAGGUUUUCGGGGCGCCUGGGGGGCUCAGUCGGUUGAGCGUCCGACUUCGGCUCGGGUCACGAUCUCGCGGUCUGUGGGUUCGAGCCCCGCGUCGGGCUCUGGGCUGACAGCUCGGAGCCUGGACUCUGCCUCGGAUUCUGUGUCUCCCUCUCUCCCUGCCCCUCCCCCACUCACGCUCUCUCAAAAAUGAAUAAAGAUUUUUUUUUUUUAAAAA